GGGGACCACUGCCGAGAGCGAGGGGGGCAUCAUGGGCUGCUGCAGCGGCAGGUGCACCUUGGCCUUCAUCUGUGGCAUGCAGCUGGUCAGCGUGCUGGAGCGGCAGGUGAUAGAUUUCCUGGGCUACCAGUGGGCUCCCAUCCUGACGAACUUCCUCCACAUCAUCGUCGUCAUCCUGGGCCUGUUCGGCACCAUCCAGUUCAGGCCAAGAUAUGUCACCGGAUACGCUGCCUGGCUUGUAGUCUGGAUGACCUGGAAUGUUUUCAUCAUUUGUUUUUACCUGGAGGUUGGAGAUCUGUCCAGGGACUCCGACCUUGUCCUGACGUUCAACCUGUCCAUGCAUCGCUCCUGGUGGAUGGAAAACGGCCCGGGGUGCAGGGUGACACCCAUCACCCCUCCUCCCUCCUGGGCGCCUGAGGACCACCGAUAUAUAUCUAUAUCUGGCUGUGUGAUGGAUUUUCAGUUCAUCGAGGUGGCUCACUCCUCGCUGCAGAUACUCCUUGCUCUGGUGGGGUUUAUCUAUGCCUGUUACGUGGUCAAGCUCAUUUCUGAAGAAGAGGAUAGCUUUGAUUUUAUAGGAGGGUUCGACUCGUACGGUUACCAGGGGCCUCAGAAGACCUCCCACCUUCAGUUACAACCCAUGUACAUGUCAAAAUAAACCCAGGAGUUGCUCCAGAAGUGCUGCCUUACUGACGAUCACAGCUUCAAAUCCUGCUUUACUAUUCCGACUGUAUUUUGCUUAAACAACAACAGAGACACAGACUUGAAGACGGGGAACAGAAACUCACAUUCUGUGGAUCAACUCCAUCGUCCUCCCCAGCACUUGGGCCCAGUGGCCCCCUGCUGUGUUGUGUCUCUGGAGUUCUUGAUGAAACACUGGCCUCUGGCGGCAGAAUCUGGUAACUGCAGGACGCUUGAGCUUAAACUGCUCCUUUUCUCGCCAUCAGGCCCAUUCCAGUGACAGGCUCUCCUCUCUUGAGCUGGGUAUCUGCAUUUUGAAGGGAACCAGACGGAACCAAAGAGGCUGUAACUCAUUUGAAACGUGCGUUCCUCGGCCUCCA